AUGAUGCCCAGGAACGUCCCGUACGUUAGUAGCGUCGUGGAUACCUCGAUCACCGACCCGAGCAUGGGUGAUCAUCCUCUCUCAAGGGUCUCCGCGGAUUCCACCCUGACGUCGAACAACUUUUUCGACUACUCUUUCCUCCCGGAAAACUUUACCAUCGACUACGGUGCAAGCAGUUCCUACCUAUCAUGGUGGAAUCAGACUCCGGGAUUCCAAUGCGAGAUAUUCCCUCAGACAGUCAGUACCAAGACUUUCCUCAGCGUCAUCUUCGCCCUCGUCACCGUGGUCUGCGGCCCCGGUAACUGCCUCCUGUGCUUCCUCAUCGCCCGACACAAGCGACUUCGAAGCGUCACCAACCUCCUAAUCGCAAACCUAGCCGUCUCGGACGCCUUGGUCGCUCUCAUCUGCGCGCCAUUUUCCUUACAAUAUUACCUCGUCCAGAACUGGGUCCUACCCGACUUUAUGUGCCCGGUGAUGGCGACGACCAAGAACGUUUCUCUCUACGUCUCUGUCAACACCUUACUGGUAAUUGCGGUCGACAGUUUCUGGGUCACUUUGUAUUUCAAUGUUGAGCUGUGA